AUGCCCUUCUCCCUCCUGCUUCUGGCAGCGCUCUCUUCUCUCCUUCCGUCCUCCUGCGUGUCCUCCCUGGACGACCAGGGGCGAACUCUCCUCGCAUGGAAGGAGUCCCUGAGCGGCGCCGCGGCGCUGGCGACGUGGAGCCCGGCGGCGCCGAGCCCUUGCCAGUGGGUCGGCGUCUUCUGCGACACCGGCAACCGGGUCGUCGAGAUCAGACUCAUAUCGGUGGAUUUGCAGGGCCCAUUGCCGUCGAAUUUCCAGGCACUCUCCUCCCUCAGAGCCCUCACCAUCUCCUUCACCAACAUCUCCGGCGAGAUCCCCGUCGAGUUCGGUGAUUACGCCGGACUGGAGCUCGUCGAUCUCAGCAACAACCACCUCUCCGGCGAGAUCCCGCCGGAGAUUUGCAAGCUGAGCAACCUUCAGACGCUCCGUCUCCACUCCAACGCCAUCCAAGGGGGGAUACCCACUGGAAUAGGAAACCUCUCCGAGCUCGUCAACCUCACCCUCUACGACAACAACCUCUCCGGCGGGAUUCCGGCGAGCGUCGGCGAACUGCGGCGGCUUCAGGUCUUCCGCGCCGGCGGAAACCAGGGCCUGAGAGGCACAUUGCCGGCCGAGAUCGGGAAUUGUAGCGAGCUCGUCAUGCUGGGCCUCGCCGAGACGGGAAUCUCCGGCGAACUUCCUUCCUCGAUCGGAUUCCUGAAGAAAAUCCAGACCAUCGCCAUCUACACAGCCAACCUCUCCGGCCCGAUUCCCGAGGAGAUCGCCGGCUGUAUCGAGCUCAGAAAUCUCUACCUCUAUCAGAAUUCUCUCUCUGGGUCGAUCCCUCCACAGCUCGGGAAGCUCCGGAACUUGCAGAACCUCCUCCUCUGGCAGAACAACCUGGUGGGCUCGAUCCCGCUGGAGCUCGGAAGUUGCAGUGAAUUAACGGUGGUGGACCUGUCGGUAAACUUCCUGACUGGUAGAAUCCCACCGAGCUUGGGGAAUCUCACCGUCCUAGAGGAGCUCCAGCUGAGCUCGAACCGCCUCACGGGCUCCAUCCCGCCGGAGAUAUCCGCCUGCGCCGCCUUAACGGAUCUGGAACUCGACAACAACCAGCUCUCCGGCGAAAUCCAGUUAGACUUCUCCAAGCUCGGUGGGCUCACCUUGUUCUUCGCAUGGCAGAACAGGCUCACAGGGAGGAUCCCGGAGAGCCUCUCGCAGUGCCAGAACCUCCAGCUGGUCGAUCUCUCCUACAAUGGCUUCUCCGGCGAGAUCCCCGGGGGGAUCUUCGGGUUGAAGAACCUCACCAAGCUGCUGCUCCUGGAGAAUCAGCUCUCUGGGCCCCUUCCACCGGAGAUUGGCGGCUGCUCGGGGCUGUUCAGGCUCAGAGCUAGCGGCAACCAGCUCGGGGGGCCGAUCCCGCCGGAGAUUGGGAAGCUCAAGAACUUGAAUUUCCUAGAUCUUGGCCGGAACAAGUUCGCCGGAGAGAUCCCGCCGGAGAUUUCCGGAUGCGGGAAGAUGGAGUUCCUCGACCUUCACUCGAACUCGCUGGUGGGGCCUCUCCCUGAGGAUCUGCCGAGAAGCCUGCAAUUCCUCGACGUGGGAGACAACUUGCUCGAUGGCCCGCUGACUCCGAGCAUCGGAGCGCUGACCCAGUUGACGAAGCUCGUUCUGGGGAGGAACAGCUUCUCCGGUAUGAUUCCGACGGAGCUCGGCUCCUGCAAGAAGCUUCAGAUGCUGGAUUUGGGGAAGAAUAGCUUCUCCGGCAGGAUUCCUCCAGAACUGGGUGAGCUUCCGGAGCUUGAGAUCUCCUUCAAUCUCAGCUGCAACCAGCUCUCCGGCGAGAUCCCGAGCCAGUUCUCAAGUCUGGUGAAGCUGGGCUCCCUCGACAUCUCGCACAACCAGCUCGCCGGGGGGCUGGAGGUGCUCGCCGAUCUGCAGAACCUGGUCACCCUCAACAUCUCCUUCAAUUCCUUCUCCGGCGAGCUCCCCGACUCCCCCUUCUUCCGCAAGCUCCCGCUAAGCGACCUCGCAGGAAACCGCGGCCUCCACGUCGCCGGCGGCGUCACCGCCGGACCAACGGGAAAGGCCACGGGGUUAGCCGUGAAGGUGGUCAUGUCCAUGCUGGUGGCCAUCAGCUCCCUGCUGAUGGUCAUGGCGAUCUGCAUCGCCCUCCGCGGCCGCCGCCGCCGCCGCCACCGGUUCAAGGGGGAGGACGAGGGCGGCGGCGGCGGCGGCAUGUGGGAGGUGACCCUCUACCAGAAACUCGACUUCUCGGUGGACGACGUGCUCCGGAGCCUGACGCCGGCCAACGUCAUUGGAACCGGCAGCUCGGGGGUCGUCUACCGAGUCGUCCUCCCCGGUGGUGAGACGGUGGCCGUGAAGAAGAUGUGGCCCUCCCCGGCAGCGCCACCGUCGCCGGAGGCGGCGGAGGAGGAAGGAACCUACAGGAACGAGAUUGCUGCGUUGGGUUCCAUACGGCACAGAAACAUCACCCGCCUGCUUGGAUGGGGCGCCAACAGGACCACCAGGCUUCUCUUCUACAGCUACCACCCCAACGGCAGCCUCAGCUCUUUCAUCCACGGCGGCGGGAAGGUCGCCGGCGACUGGGACACGAGGUACGAGAUCCUCCUCGGCCUCGCCCACGCCGUUUCCUACCUCCACCAUGACUGCGUCCCCCCCAUCCUCCACGGCGACGUCAAGUCCAUGAACGUCCUCCUCGGGCCCAACUACGAGCCCUACCUCGCCGACUUCGGCCUUGCCAGACCCGCAGCCACCGCCAUCGCCGCCGCCGAUAAAGACUCCUCCAGAUCUUCCCCUCGCCUCACUGGCUCCUACGGAUACAUCGCCCCCGGUGAGCACAAACUCCACUAUCAUUACCAUCGCCUGCAACUAUCUGUGGAGGAACAUGAGAUUCUGAGAAGAUCUUCUCUUCUGUAGAGCACGGGACGGCGCAGGCGAUAACGGAGAAGAGCGACGUGUACAGCUACGGAGUGGUGGUGCUGGAGGUGAUAACGGGGAAGCACCCGCUGGACCCGGAGCUGCCGGGGGGGCGUCACUUGGUGCAGUGGGCGCUGGAGCACUGGCAGGGGAGAGGGGACCCGGCGGAGCUGCUGGAUCAGCGGCUGCGGGGGCUGCCGGAGACGAAGAUGCAGGAGAUGGUGCAGCUGCUGGCGGUGGCGGCGCUCUGCCUCAGCCACCGCCCCAGGGAGCGCCCUGCCAUGAAGGACGUCGUCGCCCUCCUCGAGGAGAUCGCCGCGCCGCCUUUGCCCGACGGCCCCAAGCCGCCCCCGGCGGCGGCUGCGGUGCCCCCAGACGUGCCUUCUUCUUCCCCCGCCAAGAGCCUCCGCCUGCUCGCAGGAUCCUCCAACUGUUCCUUCGCUCUCUCCGAUUCCUUCUCCUGA